AAAGGUUCAUCCAAACAAAGAUUAAACGGGAGAGUUCAACUAAACAUCAAACAAUAUCAGAAAACAGUUUCCAGCAUAUUUUGGGUGCAGUUGGCUUUAGUGGCAUGCUACACCCCUUUUAUAACUGUGUCGAUAUUGAGACAUACAGUACUUAGUGGAUCAGCAGUUCAUGCUCUGUGGCUCUUUACGGAAACUUUAGUUUAUCUGAAUUCAUCUCUGAAUCUCUUUCUUUUACUGUUGGAAAAUCACAGAAGUGAGAAAGGCAGUAAAGGACACAGCCAGGGCGUUUUGUUGUUGUUCGUGAUUCAAGGUCGCCUUUAUUUUUGUGGAAAAACUUCCGUGUCCUUAAAGAAUAA